ACCGGCUUCACAUCUUGACCCUAACUUAGCGACAUCGAGAUUGUUGUUCAAUAUUGCGCAGUCUCCAAUCAGAUGAUUGCUGCGACAUGCACAAGCAACGGUCCGGUCGUAAUACGUGUAUGCGUACUCCGUAUCUGCCCGUGUCAGCGUUAAACAAGAGCCUCACACGGAUGGCUUGAAGAAUGGCAUAUAUAAUAUCCCGACUACAUCUGGUGUCUGCAGAAAGGUAGGUCUAUACACAGACAAUAGCACAAGUGUUCCCUUGCGUCCAAUAAACAAUCAUGAGCAGCCUUCGCAUCGCUAUCGUUGGCGGAGGGCCGGCAGGCUUAGCCCUGGCCCGACUUCUCCAGGUUAACAACAUUCCCUGUACUGUGUUCGAACUCGACCACACUGCGGGCGAAAGAGAUCAAGGCGGUACGGUCGACUUGCACAAGCGAGGCGGGCAACUCGUUCUGCAAGAAGCUGGUCUCUUCGACGAAUUCAAGCGACUUUCUCGCCCAGAAGGCCAGGCAAUGAAACUUCUCAAGUACGACGGCACAGUAGUCCUCGACGAGAACACAUCCGGCAUUCACCGACCGGAAGAAUUCGACGACCGUCCGGAAAUCGACCGCACAGCGCUGCGCCAUAUGCUCCUGAAUUCUCUACAGCCUGACACUGUGGUCUGGGGCAGAAGGCUGAUAGCCGUGGAGGAGUCACCGGAAAAGGCUGGAAAGCACGACCUGCACUUUCACGACAGCGUGGAGGAGGGCUUCGAUCUCGUCGUCGGCGCAGACGGUGCCUGGUCCAAAGUGCGCGCUUCUCUCACGGAUCAACUACCAGUUUAUUCGGGCGUCACUGGGAUCGAACUGUGGGCAACAGAAAUCGAGCAACGGCACCAGUGGCUCAGUGAAUUUGUCGGCGCCGGCAGCUGUUUCAUGUUCGACGAGGGACGUGCGAUCCAGGCUCAAAAGAAUGGCAACAACAGUAUCCGGAUAUAUGCCAGUGUGCGGCAACCGGAAGACUGGCUUGAAACCUGCGGCAUUGACUGGUCUUGUCCAGAAGAAGCUAAGAAGAAGUACCUUGACGAAUAUUUCGCCGACUGCGCACCCGAGUUGAAGCGAGCUGUUCUCGAUGCAAAUGACAAAGUCGUGCCGCGGAAAAUGUGGAUGCUCCCUGUCGGCUGGCGAUGGGACUCACGUCCAGGACUAGCUCUUGUGGGAGACGCAGCUCAUCUCAUGACCCCAUUCGCAGGGGUGGGCGUAAACCUCGCUCUGGCCGACUCUCUGACUCUUGCGAAGGCGAUAGUGGCUUGUGGUGGCAAGGCUGAGCGUUUGUCAGACGCCAUCGCAGCUUAUGAGCAGGAGAUGUUCCCUCGCGCCGAACAAUUUGCCCAGAGGACUGCAAGGGGUCUCGUCGGUCAUUUCUCUGCCAAUGGCGUGGAGGAAAUGGCUGCACGUAUAGCAGGCAGGUGAGAUGGCUGCUGCUAUUGGGAAGAGGUUCUGCUGCAACAAUACGACCACGAUAGUUGGGAUCGCGAUACCAACGUAAUGGCAAGGCAAUGAGAUGGGUCGGUGUGGUUACUGCUUCUUUUUGGGCCUGGAUCGAGCAUAGCAAGCAAGAUAUUUCAAUGAAACACCAUUCUUGUAAUCCGAAUUCUAGAGGUUUAGCUGUUACCGAGGACGUUUGCCUGACGAAUCGUCAAUAUUGACGUGACUUUGUUGUGGCGAUG